AUGUCAUUGCUUAGCAGUGAUUCGAUGUAUGCCCUUUUAUUGCGACAGUUCGGGAGAGGUGGCUUAUAUGGGACGUGGAUAGUACGUUGCUCAUCUCAACCGAUUGCCUCAAAUGAGUCGUCAAGAGAGCAAGCGAAAAGUGUGGAGAAUGCGGUAUCACCACGACAAUCACAGUCUGAUUCCAGGAAAGGGGUUCGACUCCUAUUGGUGCAAGAAUCGGUGUGUGGUGUUGGUUGGUUUGGGUUGCAGCUUAUUGCAACCCUUCCUUCCUUCACUGGCGGAACAUCGAACGUCCUCAACAUAUUGGGACGAGUAUUCGGUCCGCCAUACCUUAUUUUUAGUUGGAAAGUGUUUACGUGGAGACCAUCGAUUUUUGUAAAUUUACCCGUUGGAGUUUGUAUAGUAAUGCGAGCUAACCAAGCUACCGAUAUAAAGCCUCCUAGCUGGAUUGAUGUGAGUCGAGAAGGAGGGCGUCGUCCGGGUACUUUUCGAUCUCGCAAUAUCGGUUUUGACCGAUUUUUUGAUACCCAACGCCGAAAUGAAAGAUUUACUGUUCGGGAACAAUGGACUCAAAGAAGCGCCUUAUCCGAUCGCUUUCGAAGCUCCGAAGAAUCUUGGAGUAAAAAUGUUGAAAUGCCAAAAGUCGAUUAUAAGCAUCUCAAUUUACCACCCAUUCAGAAAAAUCUAUACAAAGAAAAUCCUUCAGUUACAAACAGAAGCGAGAAGGAAAUAGCUGAGUGGCUUACACAUAAUGAAGUCACAUUAAAAGGGCAAUCGUCUCCUCGUCCGAUUUUCGAAUUCAAUGAGGCAGGCUUUCCUCCAGCAAUUGUAGAGAACCUCAAGAAGGCAUGUUUUCAAAAGCCAACUGUAAUACAAUCGAUAUCUUGGCCAAUUGCACUGACCGGGCAUGAUAUGAUCUCGAUUGCUAGAACAGGUUCAGGAAAAACUUUAGCCUAUACCUUGCCAGGGAUUGUACAUAUGCAAAAGCAACAACAGAUAGAAAGUGUUCGGGGUCCCGCAGUACUUAUCUUAGCACCAACAAGAGAACUGGUGCAACAAAUAAGCUCGAUGACAAUGAACUUUCACUCUAAAGUGGCAUCAGCUUAUGGUGGUUCUGGACGUGACCAACAGGCUAGAACUAUUCGUGCAGGAGUAGACAUUUUAGCUGCAGCACCGGGUCGUUUAUUAGAUUUCUUGAUUGCGGGUGUUUUGAAUCUAAACCGAUGCACUUAUUUGGUAUUGGAUGAAGCUGAUCGUAUGUUGGAUAUGGGUUUCGAGCCACAGAUACGUAGAAUCUUAUCCAUGAUUAGACCGGACCGACAAACUUUAAUGUUCUCUGCGACAUGGCCAAAAGAAGUGCGUACUUUGGCGAAAGAUUUUCUAAGUGACCCCAUAUUUGUUAAUGUUGGGUCAUUAAAACUUGCUGCAAAUAAUAAUAUCAUACAACUGGUGGAAGUUAUUGAAGAAAGCCAGAAAGAAGAAAAACUACUGGAGUUUUUAGGAAAGAUAUCAAACGAGCAACACUGCAAAACAUUGGUUUUUGUUGGUAUGAGACGCACAGCGGAUUGGUUAACACGGCUAAUUCGCAAGAAGGGAUAUCCAGCUUUGAGCUUACAUGGUGAUAAGUCUCAAACAGAAAGGAAUUUCGUUAUGAACGAUUUCAAAAAUGGUGAAUGCUCGACUCUGAUCGCAACAGAUGUUGCUGCUCGGGGUUUGGACGUAAAUGACAUUAAAUAUGUCAUCAAUUUCGACUGUCCAAAAAAUAUUGAAGAUUACAUACACAGAAUUGGAAGAACUGCUCGCCAUGAUAAAACUGGUACUUCAUAUACCUUGUGCACACUUACUGAUGCGCCUAUAGCUAAAGACCUUGUCGACGUUUUGAAACAAGCCAAACAGACAAUUCCUCCAGAUUUAUUGGAGCUUGGUAGCAGUAAACGUCUCGCAAAACCGUUCAAAGGAAGAUUCUAA